UCCGAUGGACGCCCCUCCCACGGCUUUGCAACAAGACCCUCUGAGGCUGAUACGACACCGUUUGCCAGGCAACCAUUGCCUAAACGAUCUCCCUCUGUGUCGUUGCUGUUGGCUUGGCAUUCAUUCAGUGUGAUAAGAGUGUAAGAAAAUCCGAAGAGGAGAAGAAAUCAGAAAUGCUUCUUUCCCCAGCGCAGACCACCUUAACGUCAACAAUCCCAUAUUCCAACUUCAGUGUUGUCAUCCCCGCAACCACAACCACCCUACUCCUUCCCAAGUCUCUCUUCCUUGGUUCUCCAUGUCAACCCACAAAUGCCCUCCAUAGAUUUCUGGCUGCCAGAGGAAGAAACCUCAACCUCACCUUCUCUACCGCUACUAUAAAAGCUUCUUUGCUUGAAUCCCCAGUUCUCUGGGCUGGUAGGCUUUGCAUCUUCUAUGCUCUCUUGAAGGCUGGUUUGGCUGGAUCUCAAGCCAACCCUCUUGUCUCAGAUUUGGUGGAAACAAGUGAUGGUGAUGGUGGUGAAACUGGUGAUUUGGGGUUCUCUAAGUGGCUCAAGAGUCUUAAAGGGAAACCAGUUGAUGGAGCAGCUGAUAAAAGGAAAUUAGUGAGUAAAUGGCAUCCUACAACAAAAGGCACUCUCAGAAGGAACUACAGGGUACCAUCUAAAUCUGAAGGAAGGCGUCUUCUCAAAGGCAUUGCAUCCUUAUUGUCAGAUGAUGAUCACUUUGUGGAUGCCACUUCCCACAAGGGUUGUCAAAUUAGAAGGGAGAGCGCUCAUGGAGAAAGUGUGUGUUGCAACAAUGUCCGGGCUCUGUUUGAUGAGCUCCCAACUCCACACCUAGUUGUGGAAAUCACUCCUUUCCCUGCUGGGCCUCUUACAGAAAAGGAUUACACCAAAGCUGAGAAAUUAGAGAGGGUGCUUAGGUCUGGUCCUUCUGUUUGAGUUCUCUUUGAAUUCUCAAAGCUUUGGCUUUGUCUGUAUGUUUGACUUGUACAUAAUAAUAUCAUGAGGCUUCGGGUUCUCAAUUUCUUAGCGAUUA